UUUAUGCCUAGCUAAUAGAAAACCCUCGUCACUUGGUAGUUUGAUGUGGCCUGCAAGUCAGGAUUCCAUUUUAGAUUUUUAAAUUUCAAGAAUUUAAAAUUUAAAAAUAAACAAGUAUCAAUAGGAUGUAUUUAUUGCGAAUCAAAAUAGUAGUAGUCGGUUAACCAACUUAGAUAGAUCAAAUGUUUAACGAUAAUUUCAGUUAACGAAAUAAAAUGUCGUAUCUAUUUAAAGUUUAAAAAAAAAUCACGCCAGUUAUCAGAUCGCACAUUUCGUUUAGCUUGAAGUAUACGGUUGAAAAAAGAUCGGAUCUUUUCGAACUUAGUUCCUAGUGCAGCCAAGAUAUAUUGACCCAGUUAGCAAACCGCCUAAAGGUGUCAGAAGUAAAUGCUUUCUUGACAUGCUAAAUGACACGGUUCUAAUCCUGUAUUCAUAAUGAGAAGCUGUUAUAUUGACAUUGCUACCCGCUUUAUAUGCCAACGUUUGACCGACUAAAUGAAAAAAGUGGUUUACUAAAGACAUUUGAUCCAUUCAAGGAUGACGCUUUCACAAAACAGGCCGUGCUAAAAUGCUAUUUUUAAGCCGUUUUUAAUGGUAGAGGAGGACUUGCUCUGAUCAGGUCACAUUGAAAGCGCAUCCAAACAUCAUAAAACACAUUUCAGAAUCAGGGCAGGACUGUCCAAUUUUGGAUGAUGUCGACUUUAACUGAAAGUAAAAACGAAACAGGGAUUCCCGACUGUUACUUUUUACCUCAACCAGAGUUUUUCCUUGUAGAAAAAGAGCGCCAUACGACAAAUUUGGCCACAGCCGGUAUCAAUCUUAUUUUUGUGCCCAUCGCCAUCAUCACCAAUCUCUUGAUCAUUCUCGCUGUCUCUAAGAACUACCUUCUUCAAAGUCCAUCCAACGUCUUGAUCUCUUGCCUGGCGUUUUCUGAUCUUCUGGUUGGACUGAUAGUCCAGCCUUGUUUCAUAACAUUUAGGAUAAUGGAAAAUAUAAGUCUUUUUGUGCCGUGCAGUUUUCGGGUUGUUUACUCUGAAAGUUUCUGGGUUUGCUAUGGCGUAUCUUUCAUGAUGUUAAGUGCUAUCAGCUUCGAGAGGUACAUUGCUUUGAGACUUCACUUAAGGUACAAAAACGUCGUAACAACUCGCUGUAUUCUCAGAGCAACUACCAUUGUCUGGGCUAUGGAUAUUGCUCUCACAGCUUUCCAGUGGCUUUGGAUGGAUUACAAAUACGUUCGCGUCAUACAAAUUACAUUGUUUCUGCUCUGUAUUGUUGUAACUCUCUUCGCACACUUUAAGAUCUUUCGCAUAAUGAUGCGACACCAAAAACAAAUCCAAGCACACGAGACGAAAGAAAGCCGUAGCUACCAGAAACAAACGAAGCUUGCUAUCAACGUCACUUACAUCGUUGGGUUUUAUCUCCUUUGUAACAUGCCCGUUUUGAUCGUGCAGUUGUGUCAAUACGCAAUGGAAGUAGAGUUGGCCUCCUUGAACGUGUAUAGCUGGGUGGAAACGAUUGCUUUUUAUAAUUCUUCGUUGAACCCCCUGGUUUGUUGCUGGAGAAAUCGCGAUAUCCGAAGAGGAAUUAUUAGAAUGAUCAGGCGGAUGGAUUGUAAGCAGGACACGCGAAAAAGAUCGAAGUCAAGUGCCUAUUCAAUUCCCAAUGGUUCAGUCAAUUCGCGAGGUGAUGAGCCCAGAAAUGCUGCAGGAACAGAAGAGAACACUUGAAAAAGGUUCAAAAAAGAUGCAGCGCUGUCAAGCGGGAAAGAAAAUUAAGAAGGGCGCCGGAUAGCUCCCUGAGUCGAGGAAAAGGGAAGAUAGCAAUGGAAGAAGUUAAAAUAGAGAAGAAGAAAGGUUCUGAAUGCGAUCCAUAAAUUGAAUAUAGACUUUUGGACUUACUUUUGAAUCCGUGAAUAUAAUAUCCAGGAAAUUCGAAAUCUUGAAUUCAGAAACUUUUCUAUGUAUCUUUCAUAUUCGGGUAAAUGUAGAUACAUUUUCCGUGUCGUACGCAAACAAAUUCCAAACAAAUUCAUUAAGCCAAAUAAUUUAAUUACUGAAUUUGUGGCACUUCGGGCCAAGAUGAUCAAGUUUGGAUAGUCUUUCGGGAUGCAUAGUAGGAUAAUUCUGCCGUAGAAUGAUGUAAAAAAUAUAUAAUGAAUCCAAAUGUAUGAUUGAAGGCUGGUAUGAUAUAAUAUUUUUUAAUUUCCUACAUAUCUAAAAAAAGUAACACGCAAAAAAUACAAAUCUUAUAUGAUAUAGGAAGCUGUUUUCCAGUGUUCUACAAAAUUAAGUAAGCACGACUGAGUACAAAAAAAAAAUCCACUUUAAAAAAGUGGUUUCCCGGCUUUUUUUAUUUACUUAUGUAAUCAGUAAAUAUUUCUUCUGCCCAUAAAGAGGGAAAAGUGGUUCUGGCGUUUUAAAAAAAAAACAAACAAAAAACUCAUACUGGUAGCUUCUGCCGUAGAAUAAUCAUGUAAAAUAUAUAUAAAGGCUGGUUUAGACGGUACGAUUUUCGUCUGUCGUAGGCGAGUUGUAGGCUUGAUUUACACGCUACGACUCGAGUUGUAGGAUAUGGCGCUAGCGUGUUGUACACGAUAGUUGUAGGCGAAAAUCGUACCGUCUAAACCGGCCUUAAUGAAUCCAAAUUUAUGAUUGAAUGCUGGUAUGAUAUAAUAUUUUUUGACUGAUUUCCUACAUAUCUAAAAAAAGAUAACACGCAAAAAAUAUAAAUCUAAUAUAACAUAGGAAGCUGUUUUUAGUGUUCUAAAAAAUUAAACAAGCAAACUGAGUACAAAAAAAUAAAAUCGAAUUUGAAAAACUCAUCCAAUAUGGUGGCCAUGACGACGUCACACGCAAAACCAUUUCCUUCAUUACCAUGAGAUUUAAUUUGUUUCUUUGCUUUGGAAAACAACGUUUUUGAUCGUAAACGUUGAUUCUGAAGAAUCCUGCAUUGCAUUUACAAAGGCAAAGUGUAAACAUAUUAUGAACCUUCAUUGAUAGAGUCAAAAAAUACUCUCGUUUGUCGUUUCAGAUUUAUUGAUUUUACAUGUUCUAGUUAUA